CGAAGGAGCUUGGCCACGGCUGGGAUAAAAAGGCUGAACUGAGUGAAUCUAUAAGCUGAGUGCUGAUCCAGAUGUUGCUGUGAAACACCAAAAACGUGCUGUGAUGACCUCCUUUGUGAACAUACCAGGUGGUUCUUUAUAAUGUAGCUGGAUCUGAAGACAUCCCGGGUGGCUUUGUGUCAUGCUGAGUAACAACAUGGGACAUUGUUUCAUGGGGCGGGGAGCCAUGAUUCCAAGGAAGCUGAAGCCGUUUCUCUGCAGGAUGCUGUCGGGUUACAAACCCAAAAACGACGUCAAGGACUCUUACAAAAUUCUGGAGCUCGAGGAAGGAUGCUCCCCUGACGACGUCAGAAACUCCUAUCGCAAUCUUGCCAAAAAAUACCACCCGGACAGCAGCUCCGGCAUGGCCGAUUCCAAGGCCUUCAUCAAAGUGGAGGAGGCCUACAGGGUUGUGCUCAACGACCUGGCAGCCAAGCAGAAAUCAGAGCCCGGCGAGGAGGAGGAGGAGCAGUUCAAACCCAAAUCCCUGGAGCACAGACACUACCUGAGCUUCGAGGGCGUGGGCAUCGGCACGCCGAGCCAGCGGGAGAAGCAGUACAUGCAGUUCCGCGUGGACCGCGCCACCGAGCAGGUGCUGGAGUACCGGCAGCAGCGGCUGGAGAGCCGCUACGCCGGCAGCGACCUCAGCAGGGCCAAGGACGUGCGGCAGAGCAAGAAGGUGAAGAUAACUCAGGCGGUGGAACGGCUGGUGGAGGAUCUCAUCCAGGAAUCCAUGGCCAAAGGGGAUUUCGACAACCUCAGCGGCAAAGGGAAGCCUUUGCAGAAGUUUUCGGACAGUCCCCACAUCGACCCCAUGACUCACAACCUGAACAGGAUCCUCAUCGACAACGGGUACCAGCCCGAGUGGAUCCUGCUGCAGAAGGAGAUCCGGGAGACCAUCGAGCGGCUGAGGAAGAGCGUGGUGGCCUCCAGGAGGAAGCUCGGGGAGCCCAUGACGCUGUCGGAGCAGAAGCAGUGGGGUCGCAUUUGCGAGCAGCUCGCAGAAGACAUCAGGAAGUUAAACAAGAGAGUUGACGACUUCAACCUGGUGGUGCCCAUCCUGAGCAGGCAGAUGGUGCAUUUCAGCACGAACAAGGAAAUCCUCCGAGCGCGAAAGACGUACGAGGCUGUCGUGGAAAAGGUUUCUGAUUCGGACACGAAGGAAAACGAGGGGGAAAAGGGCAAAAGGUUGGGGUGGAAGUCUUCUCUCUUGAAGUGGUUAAAACUUACACCAAAAUAAUUUCAUGCUAAUUCCCCUUGUCAAGGUUUUGGAUGCACUUUAUUGAUGAAAUAUAGCACUAGAGAAAUUUCGGGUUCACCGGAAAUGUCAAAUGCACGCUGUCACCU